AUGGCUACUGACUGGCAACCCGAGUGCCUUGUCGCUCAGAACCAGCCGUCACUGGAUCCUGUGGGAGCUCAUUCUGAUCGAGCUCUGCAGAAUACCACUGGGAAUGUCCAGUCUUAUUCAGACCAAUUGGCUCAUGCUGGUGUCACUGCUCGCGAUGAUCAGUUUCAUCAAUAUAGCUUCAAGUAUCCUCAUGGCCCUCAUCCUCAACCCUUGUCAGCACCUGGCUUGCAUCAACAGCAUGUAGCGGCUCGGCUUCAUCAACGGAAGCUUCGCAGGCUUCACUCGGUUGGACCCAACUCUCAGUCCCGCCGGGCACAAAGCAGCUAUCUCAAGUCUCAGAAAUACAUGGAGUACCGACGUCGCCCUCGUCGUGAUACUGGAAAAGAUGGAGAGCCAGUGUGGUCUGAUGAAUUGGAAGACGCUUUUCAGCAGGCUCUCGAAGCAAACCCUCCCAUGGGUCGAAGAAAGUGGUCCGAACGUGGCAAGUCAUAUGGCCGCAACGAGCUGAUUGCUGAGUAUAUCUUCAAGUUGACUGGCAAGCGGAGGACACGCAAGCAGGUGUCAAGCCAUCUGCAGGUCCUCGACUCUUUCUUGAAGGGCGAUCCCGAUUGGGAGCGACUUGUCCGUGAGCCAGCAUUAGAACGAUCAUCGAGUGUUCAUGGCUCAGCACCUGCUCCGAAAUGGAGAACGGCAGUAGAGCACCCCUCGGGAUCUAGCCACUACGGCAGCCACACACACCCUUCAUACCAUGACCAUAUGAGAUCUAUGCAACCAUAUGCUGGAGAUCUCCCACCGCCACACUAUACGCUUGGGUCCAACAUGCAGGAGACUGCUGCUAGCACCAUUCAUGGCUUUAGCUUCGACAUGUGGGUCAGCGCUCCUCAGCAGGCCAAUCGCAUCGACAAGGCAUUGCAUGCAUACACCCGUCUGCAGGGUGAUCUGCACCACCCCGUUGCACCCCCCAUGCCUCUUGAGCAUGUGAACGGGUGGCGGUCUUCUUUCCCCCAACUGGCUUCUAUGGUGGAUGACGUCAACAAUCCCCUGGAUUGCGAUAUCAUCUUGUUAGAAGUGAACCUUGAGCUAAUGACCGACUUCCCUCCUACUGGCUCACGACUGGGAAUCCAGCUCGAUCUUGACUACGGUCACCCUAGUGCUGGCGAUGUUUUGGGAGUCAGCCAGAUGGACAACUGGACCUGCAGCACGCAUAUCUACCAAGAUAGCCAGAAGCUCCUAGAGACUUACCACGACCUACCCAAGACACAGUCAACUAAGGUCAAGCCCCUCUUCGAAUCAUCUUGGUGGGCUAAGCUGUUCACUCAGUUGACUCAAGAGAAACGUAUAGCCGAGGACUCAGGAAACCCCCAAGCUGCUCGUGACGCUGAUGACCAUGCCCGUCAAUUCUUCCGCUCAUUGUCUGCAGUGCAAGAGAUCCGUGCCACCUCGCCCAGCUCCUGCCGUCUGUCUAACCAAUACCAAGGCCAUCACGGCGAUGAGAGCAAGCGCAUGGCCGUUCUGGCCUGGAAGUUCCGACAAACCAGGCCUGGCGAAGUUGGCACCACCACUUGGAGACGACUAAUACCGGCACCGGACCGGACUACAACCAACAGCCCGCGCCCAGCCUCCGCGGUCGAUCGAGUUCCUCUCUCUCUGGAUUCCAUCCUUCUCAACAAACCAUCCCACCAGGGUAUUUACCAAGCCCCUCAUCCUCACGACCUCAUCCACCACCCCAGCCAAUCCCAAUCGCAAUGGCCCAUGUACCAAUCACCUCAUGACAACGUGUCUAAUCUCUAUAAUCCCUCCGGCCAUCUGGACUUCAUGUCAUCCAUCAGCAAAGCCGAAGAUGGACUCAAUGAUAAAAUCGCCGUCACCUCGGUGCUGGACUCCUUCUCCGCCAGCCUCGCACCCGAGAGCAUCUCAUCCACAAGUCUCCACGGCUCCAGCGGUGCACCCGUCAUGCUCAACGUGCAUGACCUACCACUCACCCACCCAGGGAUGGGCUACACAAUGGGCCACGAAACAUCACAUUACGUGCCAUCCCAACACCACAGCGUGAAUAUGCACGACAGCAACAGCGUGCUACACGGCUUCUUCGGCUCUCACACGCAACCGCUUGAUGACCUCAGCCACGGCCAUGGGUCGUGGGGUACGCACUCCACAUCCAUACCCGGAGACGUCGGCGCCGGCAGCUACCAUAUCCCUUAUCAGGCCGAGCACCAUGGACCUGUCUCGCGCGAGUCGCAGCAACCACACCAGUUCGACGGCCUCUUGCCAUCGGAGGACCUAAUGGAUAAGAUCGUCGGGCGCAUGUCCAAUGGUUCCGGCAUGCAUGGGGCGGGCCCCGAUGCGGGCUACGAUAACGCCACUGUGGAUGCGGUAUAA